AAGUGUGUGUGUGUGUGUGCGUAUGCAGCUCUCGGAUCAGCCAUAUUCCUCCGGAAACUCCUGAUCCCGGUGAUCCCGGUACUGACGGGUACUGACGGGUACUGACGGUACUGACGGUGAAGAGAGACAAAAGAGAGACAUGUUUCGGCGCUGAGGCCCCGCUUACACCGGAUUACAGACACUCCGGAGGAGGAUCAGCGACACCCGGAGCUAACGAGCAGCUAACUGAGGAUGUCUGCGGUGGCCCGGCUGAAGGUUCUGGAGGACCUGCUGCUGCAGCAGAAGGCUUCAGGCUGCCUGAGUGUGGAGGCUCUGCUGGACCUGCUGCUCUGCUUCUACACCGAGUGCAGCAGCUGCCCUCUGAAGAGGGAGAAGCACGUCAACGACUUCCUGACAUGGGUGAAGCCGUUCAGCACCACGGUGAAGGACCUGCGGCUGCACAGAGACGACUUCGAGAUGCUGAAGGUGAUUGGACGAGGAGCUUUUGGAGAGGUUGCCGUGGUGAAGAUGAAGCACACCGAGAGAGUCUACGCCAUGAAGAUCCUCAACAAGUGGGAGAUGCUGAAGAGAGCAGAGACGGCGUGUUUCCGAGAGGAGCGUGAUGUCCUGGUCAGAGGGGACAGUCAGUGGAUCACCACGCUGCACUACGCCUUCCAGGACGACAACUACCUGUAUCUGGUGAUGGAUUACUACGUGGGGGGGGACCUGCUGACGCUGCUCAGUAAGUUUGAGGAUCGACUUCCUGAAGACAUGUCCAAGUUCUACCUGGCUGAGAUGGUGCUGGCCAUCCACUCCAUCCACCUGCAGAACUACAUACACAGAGACAUCAAACCGGACAACGUCCUGCUGGACGUUAAUGGUCACAUUCGACUCGCUGACUUUGGAUCUUGUCUCCGAAUGAUGGAGGAUGGAACGGUGCAGUCCUCGGUGGCGGUGGGCACUCCGGACUACAUCUCUCCGGAGAUCCUGCAGGCGAUGGAGGACGGGAGGGGUCGCUACGGGCCGGAGUGCGACUGGUGGUCUCUGGGCGUCUGCAUGUACGAGAUGCUCUACGGGGAGACGCCCUUCUACGCAGAGUCUCUGGUGGAAACCUACGGCAAGAUCAUGAACCACGAGGAGCGUUUCCAGUUCCCCUCCCACACCACCGAGCUGUCGGAGGACGCUAAGGACCUGAUCCAGCGCCUGUUGUGUUCCCGGGAACGCCGCCUUGGCCUCAACGGCAUCUCCGACUUUAAGAGCCACCCGUUCUUCAGCGGCAUCGACUGGGACAACAUCCGCUCCACCGAGGCGCCGUACAUCCCCGACGUGUCGUCGCCUACCGACACCUCCAACUUUGACGUGGACGACGACGUCCUCAAGAACCCGGACAUCAACCCUCCGAUGUCUCACAGCGGCUUCACCGGGCAGCACCUGCCCUUCGUUGGCUUCACCUACACCACGGACAGCUGCUUCGCCGACCGCCGCUCCGUGGGGAGGGGCGGGGGGCAGGAGGUGGAAGGGGGGGGGACAGGAAGUGGAGGGGGGGGGCAGGAGGUGGAGGCGUUCGAGAGGAGGAUCCGCCGCCUGGAGCAGGAGAAACAGGAGCUGAACCGCAAACUGCAGGAGUCCACCCAGGCGCUGCAGGCUCCUCGGGGGGGAACUCUGGGUCGGGACAAAGAGAUCCAGAAACUGAACGAGGAGAUCGAGCGUCUGAGGAAGAAGCUGGCAGACUCUGAUAGGCUGGAGCACCAGCUGGAGGAGGCUGUCACUCUGAGGCAGGACUACGAGAGCUCCGCCUCCAAACUCAAGACCCUGGAGCGCCAGCUGAAGACCCUGAGGCUGGAGAAGGAGGAUGUGCACAAGCAGCUGGCGGAGGCCCUGGAGCGCCUGCGUUCCCAGGGGAAGGAUUUAAAGGACGCACAUUCCCAGAGGAAGUUGGCGCUGCAGGAGUUCUCAGAGCUGUCGGAGAAGAUGGCCGACUUGCGAUCGUCCAAGCAGCGAAUCAGCCGUCAGCUGCGAGACAAAGAGGAGGAGCUAGACGCCCUGCUGGGGAAGAUGGACGCCAUGAGGCAGGAGAUCCGCAAGACCGAGAAAAUCCGCAAAGAGCUGGAGGCUCAGCUGGACGAUGCGAAGGCCGAGGCUUCGAAGGAGAGGAAGCUGAGGGAGCACAGUGAGGGAUUCUGCAGCCAGCUGGAGGAGGAGCUGCAGGGUCUGAAGUCUCUGCAGGGCCGCGGGGGGGCAGUGGGGGGGUCCCAGCAGGAGCUGAUGCGUCUGAAGGCAGAACUCGAUAAGAAGGUUCUUUUCUACGAGGAGGAGCUGCUGAGGAGAGACUCGACCCACUCCUCCGACCUCAAGAACCACCGGAAAGACCUGCAGGAGGCUGAGGGGGGGGCGCUGUCCGCCACCAAGGAACUGCUGCAGCUCAGGGACCGGCUGGACAAGGACAAGAGGGACAGACACCUGGAGAUGGAAAAGCUGUUUCUUGCGCUGAAGGAGAAGUCUGAGCGAGAGAAGCACCUGCUGACGCAAGACAACCCCAAACUGACGGCAGAAACUGACAAGCUGUGUGCAUUUGUGGACAAAUUGACGGCUCAGAACCGUCAGCUGGAGGACGAGCUGCAGGAUCUGUCGUCCAAGAAGGAGAGCGUGAGCCACUGGGAGGCGCAGAUCGCUGAGAUCAUCCAGUGGGUGAGCGAUGAGAAGGAUGCUCGAGGCUACCUUCAGGCUCUGGCCACCAAGAUGACGGAGGAGUUGGAAACUCUGAGGAGCUCCAGUGUGGGAACAAGACCUCUGGACCCCCUAUGGAAGGUGCGUCGCAGCCAAAAGCUGGACAUGUCGGCUCGGCUGGAGCUGCAGUCGGCUCUGGAGGCCGAGAUCAAAGCCAAGCAGCUCGUCCAGGAGGAAGUGAGACGAGUGAAGGCCAACAACAUCAGUCUGGAGAGUAAGCUGAAGGAGUCUGAAGAGAGGAGUCUGGAGAUGGUGGAGCAGAUAGAGAGUCUGAAGAGAGAGGUGUCUCGUUCUGACAAAGGUCUGAAGCUCCCUGACUUCCAGGACUCUAUCUUUGAAUAUUUCAACACUUCUCCUCUGGCCCCGGACCUCACCUUCAGAACCGCCGACUUUGAGUCCCCCCCCCUGAAACCAGAGGCCACAACCCCAUCGCCCUGCACCGAGGAAGUGAGACCGGCAUCAGUCCCUGUGAGCCCCAUCCCCCCCACCCAGAGCUCACUGACCACACCAAAGCCCAAAGUUCACCAGUUGAGCAUCAAGACCUUCUCCAGUCCAGCCCAGUGCACCCACUGCACCUCGCUGAUGGUGGGACUCAUCCGACAGGGAUUCGCCUGUGAAGUUUGUUCCUUCGUCUGCCACGCCUCCUGCAAGGACCAGGCCCCCCCGCUCUGUCCAAUCCCAGCCGAGCAGGCCAAGAGGCCGGCAGGCAUCGACGUCCAGAGGGGCAUCGGCACCGCCUACAGGGGCUACGUCAGGAUCCCAAAGCCCAGCGGGGUGAAGAAAGGCUGGCAGCGAGCCUUCGCUCUGGUCUCUGACUGCAAACUGUUCCUGUACGACGUCCCAGAGGGAAAGACCCCACAGCCAGGGGUGGUGGCCAGUCUGGUGCUGGAUCUCAGAGAGGAGGAGUUCUCCGUCAGCUCGGUCUUGGCGUCAGAUGUGAUCCACGCCACCAGGAAGGACAUCCCCUGCAUCUUCAGGGUGACGUCCUCGCAGCUGGUCUCUCAGCUGUCCUCUGUGUCUCUGCUGCUGCUUGCGGAGAGCGAGGUAGAGAAGAGGAAGUGGGUCCGGAUCCUGGAGGGUCUGCAGAGCAUCCUCACCAAGAACCAGCUAAAGAACCGACAGGUCCACGUGCUGCAUGAGGCCUACGACGCCUCGCUGCCCAUCAUCAAGACCACGCUGUCUGCAGCUGUGCUCGAUAAGGAGAGGAUCGUCCUGGGAACCGAAGACGGGCUGUUCGUGGUGGAAGUCACCAGAGACGUGAUCGUCCGGGCCACAGACAGUAAGAGGGUCCAUCAGAUAGACCUGAUCCCUCAGGAGCAGAUCCUGGUUCUGCUGUGCGGGCGGAGCCGCCACGUCCACCUUCACCACUGGGGGGCGCUGGAGGGGGCCGAGGCCUUCGACAUCAAGAUGCCAGAGACCAAAGGCUGCCAGGCCCUCACCACGGGGGUCCUGAGGCCCGGGGGCCCCGCCUGCCUGCUGGCCGCCGUCAAACGCCAGGUCCUGUGCUACGAGAUCUCGCGGACGAAGCCCCCCCAGAGGCGGCUGUGGGAGGUGCAGGCCCCGGGGGUGGUGCAGUGGCUGGGUAUGCUGAGGGACCGGCUCUGUGUGGGGUACCCGGGGGGCUUCGCUCUGCUGGCCCUGCAGGGGGAGUCGUCCCCCGUCAGCCUGGUGAAUCCAGCCGACCCCUCCCUGAACUUCCUGUCGGUUCAGCCUCCUGACGCUCUGCACGCCGCUCAGGUCGGAGUCUCAGAGCUGCUUCUGUGCUUCAGCCUCGUGGCCGUCUACGUGGACGGGCAGGGCCGCCGGUCCAGGGACCACGAGAUGAUGUGGCCCUCCACGCCGCUGGCCUGCAGCUCUAACUCCUCCCACCUGACGGUCUACAGCGAGUACGGGCUGGACGUCUUCGACCUUCAGACCUCAGAGUGGAUCCAGACCAUCUCCCUGUGCAAGAUCAGACCUCUGAACGUUGAGGGGACGUUAAACCUGCUGAGCUCUGAACCCCCCCGACUCAUCUACUUCAGCAACACCUCGUCAGAGGGCGUCCUCACCCUCCCCCCCCCCUGUGAUCACAGCAGGAAGUUGAUGAUGAGGACUCGCAGUAAGAGGAAGUUCCUGUUCAAGGUUCCUGAGGAGGAGCGCCAGCAACAGAGGAGGGAGAUGCUGAGGGAUCGUCUUCGCUCUAAGAUGAUCUCCGGACCCACCAACUUCAACCAUGUGGCUCAUAUGGGACCAGGAGAUGGUCUGCAGGUCCUCAUGGACCUCCCUCUGAGUGCGAUGCAUUCCUCGCAGGACGACUUAGUUAAAGAUAAGCCCCGCCCCCUUUCCAGUAUCUCCCGGCAACAGAGGAGCAGGACACACAUCACACGCACAGCCUCAGAUUUUGGGGGCGGAGCUUCUCCUCGCAGUGACCAGGAGGACGGAGAGCCUGACUCCUCCCCCCCCUCUCACAGCUCUAAUCCCAGUUCCCCCCCCAGCCCAAACUCUUCCCCGUACCGCAGCCGGCUGACUCUGGACAGCCUGGAGAUGGAGCCCUGAGGCCCCGCCCCCUGUCGAGGCCCCGCCCCCUGCUACAAGAACCAAUCAGACUGCAGACUGGGUUUUACACAAUGAUUUUAUUGUGGCGGGGUGUGUCUGCGCUUCCUGCUGCUUUUAUUAAUGUUGGAUUUUAUCUGCUGGGAAGCCCCGCCCCCUGGUUUUGGCCCCGCCCCUGGUUUUAACCCCCCCUCCCCAGCUGCUGUGUUUUACCUUUGACCUGCUAUCUGGGACCAAUCACCUCUUCUUCUUUAUUAAAUGACCUCCUGUUGAGGGGGAGGCCUCACUCUGAUGAAAAAACACUGUAUGAAAUAAUUAUAAAGUUUUGUUAAAGUUGCACAUCAUCAUCAUCAUCGUCGUCGUUGUUGUGUGUUGUGUUGUUAUAGGAGAAAAUACUCUUUGAUUUUGUGUGAUGAUCUUUCCUACUGCUCCCCCCCCGGUCAGGUGGGGGGGGGGCACCUGAACACUACUGCUCUGUUUAUCCAGAAUCUGCAUUAAAGGAUCUCUGUCACUAUGAACCGUGUACUCAAUAAAGGAUUCUGCACAGGAA